AUGGCAGCGGCCGUGGUGGAGACGGCGCACGUUGCGCGAUGUGCGAACCGGAGUCCGCAGGCGGUGUCAUGGGGCCGAGGCGGGUGUGUGGCGAUCGCGUCCUGUCAUUCCAUCGUGAUUUACCAGCCUGAGAAACUAAGUGUGACUGAAAUUCUGAAUGGACAUAAAGGAAGAGUUAACUGUGUGCAAUGGGUUCACAGAGAGGGUUGUGAUCCGGAGGUAGAGCUGGUGUCUGGAGCAUCUGAUAACUCUCUGAUUGUUUGGGAGUUGCAAAAUUCUAAAUUUGCAGCAUCCACCUGGUUGAGAGGGCAUUCUGGAGCUGUGUGUGCUGUAACUGCUAUAUAUGAAACGAAUGGCCAAGAUCAAAGUCCAAAAUUGUUGAUCGCCUCAGCAGCAGCAGAUUCCUCUGUUAAAAUAUGGAGAAAGCAAGGUUGUGUGGGUGAAUGCUUACAGACCCUCUCCUUUGGAAGUGGUUUCAUGAUGGCUGUUGCACUAGCACGAUUGCCAGGCAGCGAUGCUGUGAUUCUGGCCUGUGGUGGCGAUGACAGCAAUGUUUAUUUAUUUGUACAGGAAGGUGAACAAUUUCAGAAAAUUCAUUCACUUGUGGGCCAUGAAGACUGGAUUCGAGGAGUUGAAUGGGCUUUAUGUGAUGGAAGCCUCUUAUUAGCAAGCUGCUCACAGGACUGCUUGAUUCGCAUUUGGAGAAUAUUCAUUAGAAUAGUAUCUACUUCCAAAGAUUCUGACAACGAGAUAAUUAAAUUGAAGGAAGAUAUGUUUAGUGUCCAGAGUAAUCAGGAAGAGGUGACUUAUGCAGUAACACUAGAAACAGUGUUGUCUGGCCAUGAAAAUUGGGUUUAUGGACUACAUUGGCAUCCUCCGAUUUACAAAGAUAGCAGACUUGAACAGCCCUUAUCCUUGUUAUCAGCAUCAAUGGAUAAAACAAUGAUCCUUUGGACUUCAGAUGAAGAAUCCGGUGUGUGGCUAGAACAGCUUCGUGUUGGAGAAGUGGGUGGAAACACACUGGGAUUCUAUGGCUGCCAAUUUAGUCCUGAUGGAUCGAUGAUAUUAGCUCAUGCAUUUCAUGGAGCUGUUCAUCUCUGGCGUAAGAACAAGUUCAAUAUGGGAGAAUGGAGCCCAGAAGUUGUGCUUUCUGGACAUUUUGGUUCUGUCCAAGAUUUGAUCUGGGAUCCUGAGGGAGACUUUAUUUUAAGUGUUGGUGCUGAUCAAACAACCCGAUUAUUUGCGCCAUGGAGAAGGCCAGGAUGUGACCAGGUGACCUGGCAUGAAAUUGCACGACCACAAAUACAUGGAUAUGACAUGCAGUGCAUAACCAUGAUUGGUCGUUUUCAAUUUGUCUCUGGUGCUGAUGAGAAAGUGCUUCGAGUCUUCACUGCCACUAAAAAUUUUAUAGAAAACUUCAGUUCCAUUACCUGCUCGCCACUUGAGGACGUUCUUUCUGCAAAAUUAGGUAAUGAAAUCCCUGAAGGUGCCAGUGUACCUGCUUUAGGCUUGUCAAACAAAGCGGUUUUUCAAGGAGAAAUAACUGCAAAUGCAAGUAAAAGGGAUCCAAGUGCAUUGCCUCUCAGUGCUGCCGACCAGUAUCCCCAGGCUUAUUUUCAACCAAUCAGUCUUACAGAGCCCCCAUCAGAAGAUCACCUUCUGCAGAACACACUCUGGGCUGAAGUUCAGAAGCUAUACGGGCAUGGCUAUGAAGUGUUCUGUGUUGCUUGCAAUUCCUCGUUGACUGUGGUGGCUUCAGCAUGUAAGGCUUCGAAAGUUGAACAUGCAGCAAUUAUUUUGUGGAGCACCUCCAGUUGGAAACAACUACAGCAUUUGCCGUUGCACAGCCUAACUAUUACUCAGUUGGCAUUUUCUCCAAAUGAUCGAUUCCUGUUGGCAGUUUCACGCGACCGAACCUGGUCUCUCUGGAAACAACGUGAAAUGGCUGAAUCCAAUACAGAUCCUUUUUUCUCCCUCUUUGCGCACAGUGAUAAAAAUAAACCUAUACACAGCCGAAUUAUUUGGUCCUGUGAUUGGACUUUCAACAGCAAGUACUUUGUCACUGGUAGCCGUGACAAGAAGUUGGUUGUAUGGGGUGACGUGGAUUUAGUUGGAAGAAUUGAAGGAAGCCCUGGUAUUGUAAAACCCUGUUCAUCAGUGUUGGAUGCAGGGGAUGCAGUGACAGCUGUCAGCUUCAGCCCUGUUACAAGUCUAGAUGGGAGCUAUGUUCUUGCAGUAGGUUUGGACUGUGGAAACAUAUCAUUAUAUAAGUGGAAGCCAAAUGCAAAUCCAUCGGCAAAUGCUGACUGGGCUAAAUGUGUGAAACUCGACAAAUCACAAUGCCACACUCUAACAGUGAAGCGACUGCGUUGGAGACAAUGUGUGGGGCGAGCAGGUUAUAAAGAUGAAGAUAACAGUGACUGGUUACAGCUAGCAAGUUGUGGUGCUGAUCAUGGUCUCAAUAUUUUCAAUAUUAAUAGAUCAUCACUUUAGCAAACCUUAAUAAAGAUUUCUUGCAUUCCCAUUAGCUAAGUGGGAAAAUGCCAUCAAAUAAUGAAAAUAUGUUCUAAUGUCUGGAAACCUGUAUCUGGUGCCCAAGUGAAAGAACAUUUAUUUAACUUGCAACUAUUUAAAUGAACGUAUGGAAAAGUAUUGUACAAAUUUUUGGACACCAUUUGCUUACAACUUGUAUGACUCAAAAACAUUACACAGUUUUGCCACUGUAGGACGUCCUUCCAUGGAUUUUGUGGAAGAGAGCAGAAACUAUGUACCAUUACUUGGUUCCAUCUGCCUAUCAGCCCCUUGCCCUCACCUCUAUAUGCUAGCUAUCUCCUAUUUACACUCCUCAGUUGUGGCGUAGGGUCUCAGCCCAAAAGGCUGACCUCCACAGGUAAUGCUCGACCUGGUGAGUUCAGUAAAUCAAUUGAGUAAAGAUUUGAUAUUUCCAGGUAUUUAUUGACAAUAGUAUUUUAAUACCAAAAAUAGAGAGGACCCAAGAUAACUUUCUCAGACAGCUGGUUCAGAUUUUAGUACCAUCAGCAAAUUAGAUUUUCUAUCUGCAGUACUUUUCCCUUCUUGUGCCUUGUUUAUUUGUGUGAUAGGAAAUCUUAUUUACAGCAACAGUUUGAGAAGGCAUUACCAGUCUGUACACUGACAAGAAAAUAAUUCAGCUUUACCCUUUCCUUUAGCCACUAGUGCUGAAGGUUGCUUCAAACGAGCUGUGGAAUUCAGUUCAGCUGAUCAUGAACUUAGGAGUGGGUGGUUCAGCACAGAAUGCAGUGGACCAGUCUGUCUAGUGCUGGAUGUGUUUAAAAUCCAGAAUUGGCUGCUGGAAAAACUGAGACACCAUUAGCGUGAAUGGGGUUACCAAUGUUGAAAAUUAGUAUACAAGGAGUUUUUAAAAAAAAUUUGUUGUCAUCAUAAGAUGUUUUCUAAAAUUGAGUAAAAUAGUGUUCCUAAACUUAACUCGUCUCGAAUAAAGCAUUUGAAAUAAUAAAAACAAAGAGUUUCCCUUGUGCAAAAAGUGUGAUGUGUAGGGGUAUCCACACAAUAGGGAUAUAAAUUGACAGUGAAUGAAGAAUCGAAGAGAUGUCCUCCUUUUUUCAAAGAAAGGGGCUUCUCUUUCUCUACCAUCAAAGCUGCCCUCAACUGCUUCCCUUCCAUUUCAUACACGUCUGCUCUUACCCCAUCCUCCUGCUACCCUACCAGGCACAGGGUUUCUCUUGCCCUCACCUACCACCCCACUACCCUCCGCAACCAGCACAUAAUUAUCCGAAACUUCCGCCACCAAGCACACCUUUCCUUCUUUACCACUUUCUGCUUUCAGCAGGGAUCACUCACUACACAACUCCCUUGUCCAUUUGUCCCUCCCCACUGAUCUCUCUCCUGGCAUUUAUCCUUGCAAGAGAACAAGUGCUACAUCUGCCCCUACACCUCUUCCCUCACUACCAUCCAGGGCCCUAAACAGUCCUUCCAGGUGAGGUGACACUUCACCUAUGAGUCUGUUGGGGUCAUUUACUGUGUUCAGUGCUUCCGGUGUGUCCUCAGUGAAACUUGAUGUAGAUUGGGAGACUGUUUCGCUGAGCAUCUGCGUUCCAUCCACCAGAACAAGUGGGAUCUCCCACUGGCAACCCUUUUUAAUUCCACUUCCCAUUCCCAUUCUGAUAUGUCCAUCCCUGGCCUCCUCCACUGUCGUGAUGAGGCCACACUUAGGUUGGAGGAGGGUAGCCUCCAACCUGAUGGCAUGAACAUUGAUUUUCAAACUUCCGGUAAUGACCCCCCAACCGACCCCGCCCUUCUCUAUUUCCCAUCCCCUUUACCCUAUCUCACCCCAUCUCACCAAUCAACUUGCCAGCUCUUUAGCUUUCAGGUUUUUCUCCAGUCCUCCUGAAAGGUUUUGGCCCAAAACGUCAACUACUUUUUUCCAUAGAUACUGCCUGUCCUGCUAAGUUCCUCUAGCAUUUUGUCUGUGUUGCUCUCUUUCUAGCUCCCUAUUUGCCCUGUUUCCAUGUCCAUCACACUGUUUCUGUCUCUACCUCUUUCUAUCUAUAUGCCUCUAUGUAGCUUAUUGUUUCUCUCUCUUACCUCCCUCUCUCUAUCUACAUUUAUCAUUCUCUUUUACCUCCUCCUAUCUCUGUAUUCUUACUUCCACUCUGUGUGUCUCUCUGUCUACCUUUCUAAUUACACCCAUUCUACCCAUCUCUGUAUUCUCUAUCUUACCCCACUCUGUCUCUCAUUCACACAUUUUUGACAUCUGUAGCCUGGGGUUGACUACUCAUCCAGGCACAUAGGUUCUAAGGAUAUAAUCAAUAAGUCUGGCUGGCUUACAAUGCCAGAACCAGAAGGUGCAUUUAAAUUGGAAAUCUUUGCCUGCCUGCUUCUCAUAUACAGAUGCACAAUUACAAAUCGUAUUUUAAACAAUGUCAUGUUAGUACUUAAAGAUGAAUCAUUUUCCUUUGCAACAUUCAAAAUAAUUGAUCAUGAUGUUUCUCUACACGAUGGAGCCAGGUGCAAUAGGUAGUCUAAAAAAGAAAAUCCACUAUAACAUAGAAUAAAAUAUCACUAAUUUUCUUGAUUUUUGAUCUUGAACAUCUCUAGUUUCACUUGCACUCAUAUGCAGCAAAAUGGGACACAUACAGAGAAGUACAUGUCUAUUUAAAGGAGGCCAAGAAAAUGUCUUUUGAAAACUAUGUCUGCAGUGUAAAUAAAACUCUGAAAUUCAUCAAGCAACUGGAUAAUGAUCCAGAAUCACUGUAGUUGUUACCAGCAAUUUGGUUGUUUUCAUGCAGUAGAAUUGCUGCCAUCAGAGUCCCACAUUUCCAUCACGUUCUAAUUAUUUAACAGUUUACUGUGCAAAUAAUUACAUUUGAACAACAGGUACUUUUUUUUUCACAUUGCUUGCUCUUUGCAAUCAAGCAUCUGGCAUAUUACACAGCAAUAGGAACGUUUUCUGAGGUAUACGUAAUCAAGUAAAUUUCUCCACGCAGAAUAAAAAUAAAUUACUGGGUUCUGUAUAAAAUUACAGUGCUAGUAAAAGAAAUAUACAGUUGCCUUGUUAUUAAGCAUAAUAAGGCAGAUUAGACUUGGAACAAUAUUUAUUCUCUGCACUUUAUGGUACACAGCUUGUUCUGUGUACAGUAUAUUUUAUUCCUUCUCUUUCAUUACCCUCAGCCUGUAUACUGCUUGUUUCCACAUUUCUUUCUCUCAAUCAGUUCAUCUUGAAAGUAUAACUGAUAUCCUCUUACCCCAUCUGUACUAUAAAGGUUAAUGAAUUAUGUGUGACUUACUUGACAAAGCUCAUUCAUGUUUUUGGUUUGCAAAUUUGAUACGUUGCCAACACUGACGAAUUUUGAUUUUAUUUCUGUAGUGCAAUUCUAGUUUUAGAGUGGAAAAUGUACUAAUUCACAAAACAACAUUUUGUUUUUAAUAGAAGCUUUUUUUGGUAAAAGCUGCUGUUUAAGUGGCCUACAGAAUAAACUAGCUGGAGCUCGACAGCAAUCAUUGUAAACCAAGAGAGGGUGCUGCUUGAUCAUUUUAGC